AUGGCUGACAUGAUCGAGGCCAUUCUUUUUCUCAUCUCAAUCACAUUCAUUAUCGCCGUGGGCCAUUCGGCGAUCCAAGCAGAUGGUCGACAUGGUCCCGGAUACCAUCCCGGUCAUCGCCAGCCCGGCACCAUUGGCACAUUCAUGGCAAGGUACAGUGUUGGGGAGUCAACGAUGGCCAGACUAUGGCGACCCGCGGAGGCCAUCGUAUACGCGCCCGAUAAUCAGGACCAUGAGCACCAACAUGAAUGCGAGUCAACACCGGAACCCGAGCCUGAUCCCGAACUUGAACUCCAACCCGGGGUCAUAUCAAGCUGA